AGUUCACCUUUCCGAUAGCGUGAAGCACACUCGAUAGUACCUAAGAAAAAACCCUCAAGAAACUCUUCUGUGAAUCGCUUCCUUUUUCUGCCCCUCUUUUCGAUCGACGACGAGAAUCAGCUGGUCAGAUGGCUGCAUCCCUCGCUUUGAAAAGGCUGGUCUCAUCGACCCUUCUCAGCCGCUCUGUCAAUUCCCUCCGCCCGGCUGCGUCUGCUGCGUCAUCGCGUCUGUUCAACACCAACGUCGCUCGCGAUUACGAUGACGACGAUGACGAACGCGGUCUCGACGUCGAUCGCCGCUCCAAUCGUCCUCUCUACAAUCGCCGCGAUUACUCACCUUACUUUGGAGUUUUUGAUCCAUUCUUGACGAGGAGCGUGAGCCAACUUUUGGACCUGGUGAACCAAUUCAGUGAGCCAACUUUUACAUCUGGAGUCCGUCGUGGGUGGGACAUUAAGGAGACUGCCGAAGGGCUGAACCUGUCGUUGGACAUGCCAGGGUUGGGGAAGGAGGACGUCAAAGUUUCGGUGGAGCAGAACGCCCUGAUCAUCAAAGGCGAAGGGCAGAAGGAAUCUGAGGAUGCUGAACGGGGAAGGAGAUUCUCGAGCAGACUCGAUCUUCCUGAGAAGACCUACAAGACUGAUGGGGUCAAAGCUGAGAUGAAAAAUGGGGUCCUCAAGGUUUUCAUUCCAAGAGUCAAGGAGGAGGAGAGGAGUGAUGUUUUCCAUGUUAAUGUUCAGUGAACCCGCGUUGUCUUGAGUUUGACUCGGUACUGAUUUGUCUGUUUAUAGUAGCAUAGUCUAAUGAGUGGGGGAGGUGGAAUAAAUUUUGGGCAGUAGGUUUUAAAGGUUUUUUGAGGGCUGACUGGUUAAAUGGACUGAUCUUAGUAUUGCUGCGUGAUGCGAUUCUAAUGGACAUGUGGGUUUUUCAUGCAAUCAAUUGUUGGUACAUCUUCCUUGACAUAUGCAUGGAGCUUUUUUUUUUUUUUUGGCUGGUGGUCUCUGUAUUAUUUUCUUUGAGCAGCAGUAUGUUGAAGAUGCGUUUA